AUGGCAAUGUCUCUCAUCCAAGCGUGCCGCAGUCUGGCUCUCUCAACAUGGCUGCUUUCCUUUUGUUUCGUGCAUUUGCUGUGCCUGGACUUCACCGUGGCUGAGAAGGAGGAAUGGUACACAGCAUUCGUGAACAUCACCUACAUCGAGCCAGGGUCGCCGGCCGCGGCGGCGGCGGGGGCGCUGGGCGCCUCCGGGGAGCUGCGCAGCGAGAAGAGCGAGUGCGGCCGCUACGGCGAGCACUCGCCCAAACUGGAUGCCCACGGACGGGUGGCCAUGGCCAGCUCCGUCCAGGAGCGCCUGGCCUGCGACCCCAACACCAAGUUCGCAGUCCCGGCCCACGCCAAGCCCUGGAUAGCCCUUAUCCCCAAGGGCAACUGCUCCGAGAAGGACAAAAUCCGGCAUGCUUUCAUGCAGAACGCCUCAGCGGUGGUUAUUUACAAUGUUGGGACCAACACCAACGAGACCACCACAAUGUCCCAUCCAGGUGUGCAAGACAUUGUUGCAAUAAUGAUUCCUGAGUCAAAAGGAAAGGAAAUAGUGACUCUUUUGGAUAAAAACAUUACUGUGAUGAUGUAUAUCACCAUCGGGACACGCAACUUGCAGAAAUACGUCAGCCGCACCUCGGUCGUGUUUGUGUCCAUCUCCUUCAUUGUGCUGAUGAUCAUAUCACUGGCUUGGCUGGUCUUUUAUUAUAUUCAGCGGUUCCGAUAUGCAAACGCCAGGGACAGAAACCAGCGUCGUCUGGGAGAUGCUGCAAAGAAAGCCAUCAGCAAGCUUCAGGUCAGGACCAUCAAGAAGGGGGACAAGGAAACUGAGCCUGAUUUCGAUAACUGUGCAGUUUGUAUCGAAGGCUACAAGCCUAAUGAUGUUGUGCGGAUCUUGCCUUGCCGGCAUCUUUUCCACAAAUCCUGCGUGGACCCAUGGCUGCUAGACCAUCGAACCUGUCCCAUGUGCAAGAUGAACAUCCUUAAGGCCCUAGGCAUCCCGCCCAAUGCAGACUGCAUAGACGACAUCCCACCAGACUUUGAAGGUUCCAUAGGAGGGCCACCGACCAAUCAGAUCACAGGUGCCAGCGACACAACGGUCAAUGAGAGUUCUGUCACUUUGGAUCCAGCCGUCAGGACUGUGGGAGAAUUACAAGUAGUCCAAGACGCAGAUGCCACUCCCCAGGAGGGGGAGGUUCACUUUACAACCAACAGUGAACAAGAGCCAGCAGUGAGCAGCGAUUCAGACAUCUCGUUGAUCAUGGCCAUGGAAGUUGGACUCUCUGAUGUGGAGCUUUCCACUGACCAAGACUGUGAAGAGGUGAAAUCCUGAAACACUGAGCAGAGACAAAGGGGGACGGUCGGGCUCCAGGGGGAGGGCGAAGGGGCGAGCCCCAGGCCUCCCUCCAUCAUACACCUCCAGACCACCACCACCACAGCUUCCGUGUGCUCCAUUCGGGGAUGGUCCACGAAAAGCAAUACAUAGAGUUGCAUCCACUUGGACGCCAUCUCAGCAUCUCUCCAUCAGUCCACGACGUUGGCAGCUUGGAAGUCGAAAGCGGAUUUCUUUUCCACCACCCCCAAGCGUUCAAGGCCCCGGGCUUCAGCGGCUCAGAAAACAGCGCCUGAAGGACAGCCUCGAGAGUUCCAUUUCCCUCCUUAUUCUCCCUCUCCCCUGGGCGGCUCUGCUUUGGGGGCGGCUGG